AUGCUACUGCGUCAGGGUCCCAGUUGUCUGGUGGCCUCGGUCUGCAACAGCCUCAUCGAGUUGAUGCAAGAGCCCACGGUGCUCUCGCAGUUCUGCCAACUCGACGGUCUUCGACUGCUCGCUCUGCACGCCAGCAAGGGGCACCACACGACUCGGAUUGCCGCAAUCCGAGCUCUGCACAGCUGCGUUCGACGCAAUCAGGAGACAGGUCGUCUCCUCAAACCGCUGAUCGGCUUCCUCCACGACCUCGUCAACCUGUGCCGAAGCAACGCCAAAGACCAGGACGCAGAACACGCGACCUGUUGCGUCAUCGCUGAAGUCGCCAAGAAUCCACGCUGUCUGGCGGUGCUCACCGAUCUCGGCGUCCUCGGACUCAUUGAGCAGUUGAUUCCGCGCGCCGAAACCGACCAAAUGAAAGCCGCAUUAGCUUCCGCCAUCUCCAGCUGCGCCGUCUACGGCAGCAAUACCGAAGUCCUCGGCCGGCCUAAGAACAUUCAAUACCUUUUGGGCUACCUGAAGACGACGAAUCGGGAAACGCUUGCCGAGACGAUACGCGCCUUUUGCGUGCUCAGUCGAAGCCCGAAGGUGGCUCGGCACAUCUACGAGGCGGGAAUCAGCAAAGUGCUACUGAAGAUGAUCGGCUCGGCCGACGUUGAACUGCAGGCGGCAGUAGCUAUGGCCAUUCGAAAUAUCAACAAACUCAAUCAAAUGGACGAUCAUUUUUUGGACAAACUGGCUUCCCAACAAGUGUUCAAAGGGACGCCAGGCAAUUCAGAAGAAGCCUUAUUAAUCACCAAAGCUGCAGCCUCAAUUAAAGCGAUAUGA